AUGGCAGCUACUUCCGGAACAGGGUCGGUGCCUGCUCCGGUCGCUGAGCACAAAGAUGAGGAUAUAUCCAUUACGCAGCGCAUGAUUUCGGCGACAGGCGGCAGCAUCUUGACGGCUCUCCUAGUAACCCCUCUUGACGUUGUCCGCAUCCGUCUUCAAUCACAAUCCUCCGUCAACAACGCGUCGCCCUUUACUUCUCACACAAUUCAAACAUUAAAAAACAUGCCACCAAAUUUGGGAGUGACUGCCUGUUGUCGCGAGGUUUUCUGGCUUGGUCAAGAUGCGCAAGUGUGUAUGGUAGGUCCAGGCGCGGGGACCUUGGGAGGCGCUGCUCCAGCUGUCGCGGACUGUGCCGUGGAGGAAACACAGCGUAGGACCUUCACCUCGACUCUAGAUGGCCUACGCAAGAUUGCCCGGAAUGAGGGGACGUCGGCGCUCUGGCGUGGGCUUAGUCCGACUUUGAUGAUGAGCAUCCCAGCCAAUAUCAUCUAUUUUGCUGGAUACGAUUGGUUACGGGCUGAUGAGAAAAGCCCUAUUCAGCGAUAUGUACCUGCCGCGUACGCUCCAUUAGUCGCAGGUUCUGUGGCAAGAACUGCAGCUGCAUCCGCUAUCAGCCCGAUCGAAAUGUUCCGGACGCGUUUGCAGGCGACCCCUGGCACCGGUGCUGGACAUUUUAGGGCGACAUUGGAGGACUUGCAUCAGAUGACUAAGGCACAGGGUUACAGGUCGCUCUGGCGAGGGCUGACCUUGACAAUGUGGCGCGAUGUCCCCUUCUCCGGAUUGUAUUGGUGGGGAUAUGAGGAAGGCAAGCGAUAUCUCAUUGAUCUGCGCAAGGCAGCCCAAGCCCAUCAUAUCUUGCCUCAUAGCUCGUCAUCUGCAUCUCCCCAACACGACCUAGAUAACCCUACAUUCUUCGAAACCUUCCUCGCAGGUGCAGUCUCAGGCUCUCUGGCUGCUUUUGUCACUACUCCUUUCGAUGUCGGCAAAACGCGCCAGCAAGUGUUUCAAUAUAUGGGAGAUGACGGGUCGAGCAGCAUUCGAGGUAACGCAGCUCGUGAGGCUCUUCGACCAGAGCAACUAUCUCUGCCCAAGUUCCUCAUGCACAUAUUCCAUGAAGAGGGUAUGGCGGGUCUUUUCCGUGGUUGGGUAGCCCGAUGCUUGAAGGUUGCGCCUGCUUGUGCUAUCAUGAUCUCGACGUACGAGCUUGGGAAGAAGAUGGCACGAGGCGUCAAUGAGAGACGUCAUUUGGCGGACGAGCAAGGCCAUUCUGACUCGAUCUAG